AUGUGCCGUUGUCCACUACAAUUUCCUGAGAUUACUGAAAGCACAUAUAUUAACCAACCAUCUCCUGCUAUACCUGAAAGCACUAUUUCUGAUCAACAAUCUCCUGAUAUUACUGAAAGCACAGCUAUUAACCAACAAUCUUUUGCUGCUAUUGAAAGUACAGUUGACGUUCAGCAAUCCUCUGAUGCUACUGUAAAUACAGCUACUAACCAACAAUCUCUUGCUGUUACUGAAAUUACAGUUGCUGAUCAGUUACAAUCUGCUACCAGUGACAGCACAAUUGCCGAUCAGCAGUCUACUGAUGUUGCUAAAAGCACAACUACUGUCCAACAACCCUCUGAUACUACUGAAAGCACAAUUACUAACCAGCAAUCUCCUGAUGGUGCUGAAAGUACAGUUGACGUCCAGCAAUCCCCUGCAUCAUCUACAAAUGCUGAAAAUGCAUCUUUAAUAUCGGAUUGCAAGACUGAACCAGAAAUGUCUGGAACUAGCGAAGGGAUGUUUGAUAGCUCUACCACUCCUCAAACAGAUACCAUGGCGGAUGGACCAUUAGACCAAAAUGAAAAUACAGCUUCUUCAGACAAACUAACAGUGAUAGGCAAAUCAGAAAGGCCUGAAUUAUUAUCAGAAAAUGAAACCAUUUUCCCUUCUAAAGAAAAGAUACCGCCUGAAAAAAAUCAACAUCGCCAUUCUUUGAAUAAGUAUAAAAAGUCUAAAACAUCCAGAAGGUGUCAAUCGUUCCCGGUUAUCACAGCCAUGAAGUUGUCAAUCUUUGCUGUCCUCGUCGGCUUGGCGGUAUGCAGCCAUGCCUUCUCGAUCAGUGGCUUCAUCAGUUCUGUUGCUAAACAUCAGCAAGAGAACAUCCAAUUGGUUUCUGAUCAAGCUAUAAGUAACAUCAAUCAGAUAGCAGGAAACAUCAAGUCAAAUAUAAAUGCUAUCCUCACUGCCCCAGCAACCACCUUACAGCAGAAAACUACUCCACCUCAAACCCUAAUACAAUCAGCAACGAAAACUAAUCCACCUCCACCCCCAACACCAACAACCAUUCCACCACCAGCACCGAAAACCAAUCCACCUCCACCCCCAACGUCAACGACCACUCCACCACCAAAAACAACACCACCUCCUACUCCAGCAACAAACAAACCUAUAGAAGAAAUAACAACAGCAGAUACUGAAAAAUAA